AUGUCGCUGGCGUGCGGGCUGCCGCUGCUGGAGUGCGUCUACUGCCUGGGGUGCGCGCGGUGGGCGUGGAAGCGGUGCGUCCACUCCGGCCACCACGACAGCGCCACCUGGGGCCACGCCGCCGCCGCCGACUUCGCGCCCGUGCCCCGCAUGUGCCGCCUCGUCAUGGCCAACUACGCCCCGCCCGACCUCCUCGCCGCCCCGCCCCUCCUCCUCGACCCGGCCUGCGUCGUGCGCCGCCGCACCUACGCCGACACGGGGGGCCGCGUCACGCCCUACCUCGUCUACCUCGACCACGCGCACGCCGACAUCGUGCUCGCGCUGCGCGGGCUCAACCUCGGCCGCGAGUCCGACUACGCGCUGCUCCUCGACAACCGCCUCGGCAAGCGCCGCUUCGACGGCGGCUACGUCCACAACGGCCUCCUCCGCGCCGCCGGCUGGGUGCUCGACAGGGAGUGCGACCUGCUCCGGGACCUCCUCGACCGGUACCCUGAGUACACGCUCACCUUCACGGGCCACUCGCUCGGCGCCGGGGUCGCCGCCAUGCUCACCAUGGUUGUGGUGCUGAACCUCGACAAGCUCGGCAAGGUCGAGAGGGGCCGCACCCGGUGCUACGCCAUGGCCCCCGCCCGCUGUAUGUCGCUCAACCUCGCCGUCCGAUACGCCGACGUCAUCAACUCCGUCGUGCUUCAGGAUGAUUUCUUGCCUCGGACGGCCACUCCUUUAGAAGAUAUCUUCAAGUCGAUUCUCUGUCUGCCAUGUCUCCUAUGUUUGAGAUGUUUAAAGGACACGUGCAUACCUGAAGAUGCUAUGUUAAAGGAUCCAAGGAGGCUCUAUGCACCAGGUCGGAUAUAUCACAUUGUGGAAAGGAAAAGUUUCAGGUGCGGAAGAUAUCCACCGGUAGUCAAAACAGCUGUGCCGGUAGAUGGUAGAUUUGAGCAUGUCGUUCUAUCCUGUAACGCCACAAUGGAUCAUGCCAUUGUUUGGAUCGAGCGGGAAGGCCAGAGAGCUCUGGAUCUGAUGCUGGAGAAGGAGCGCGCGAUGGCGGCACCAUCGAACCAGCGGAUGGAGCGGGACGAGACGGCGGUGCCGAGGGAACACGUGGAGGAGCACAAGGCGGCGUUGCGCAGGGCUGCCACGCUGUCGGUAUCGGGAAUGGCGUCGAUCUACGGCACGUUCGACGACGGCCCACGGCCUGAGAGGAGCGAGAGCUUCCCGCCACCAGCGUCGUCGAGGCAGCAGCCACGGGUGAGCUGGAACGACCUGAUAGAGCAGGUGUUUGACAAGGACGAGGGUGGACAGAUAGUGCUGCGCAGCCCCUCUCCUUCUUCCUGA